UCGCGCGGGCUACACAACAAAAACAGCGGCAACAUCACCAAACGCAGGAAGAUUCACGGCUUUGCUCUGCACGAAUCGACAAAAGUGCGUCCUACAGUAUUGUUUUAAGCAACAUCAGCAAAAUGCUACAAUUCGAACGAAGAACGAUCGUGAACGGAGCGCUGAUGAAACGCCACGUUGGCCAACCGAUCAGCAUCCAUUUAAAGGUGGAACGCGCCGACGAUGGUUGCAAAUCGUUCAGCGGCAAAUCGACGGACGGAGUCAAUGUCCAGGUGCAACUUUCGGAUCCCUUGAAUGGUGUUUGCUCAGGAUGGGUCGAAGUGAUAGGCAUUGCGGCUCCCAAUGAUACGGUUCGCGGAAAGGAGAUAAUAACGUACUUCAACAGCGGGGAGAAAACGGAAAGUUUCGAUGUGGAUGGACACAACAUGCUGUGCACAUUGAUGUCGGUUUGCAAGGAACCUUUCUACAUGGGUCCACAAAUGUAACUCUCUGGAUAAUAUAAGAUACUUUGAAUUUAUGAA